AUGGAAUCACAGGAAUCCAAAUCACGGACUCCGAAACGGAGGAGGCACCUUACCCCAGUGUUCCAGAUCCGAGCAGUUGGCUGGUUGGCAAGGCUCAUUGGCCACUAUCGACGAGCUUGCGUCAUUGGGACAAUGGCAGGUCGCCAUAUGGCCGAUCGCAAGUGUCCUCUCGAACAAGGUACCCACGAGAAAAUCGACAUGUCAGUAUCGGCAGAUUCCGGUCUCGAAAUCGACGCCGACGAUGAGAAGUCGAGGAAGGACAAGAAAGGCAAACGCAGGAUAGUCAGGGCUAGGAGUCCUACUCAGGUUAUGAGGAUCAAGCGACACAGAAGAAUUAAGGCCAACGAUCGGGAGAGGAACAGGAUGCACAUGCUGAACGAGGCCCUGGAUCGGCUUCGCUUGGCGCUGCCCACCUUCCCGGAGGACACCAAGCUCACCAAGAUCGAGACCCUGAGGUUCGCCCACAACUACAUCUGGGCGCUCGGGCAGGCACUCAACUCAGGGGAUCAGGUCACGCUAACUCUUGGCAGCGUCACCGUCAGCAUAGGCCAGCACGGCAACAAGAUAACUUCGACGACAGGAAGCUGCGCCUUGGCCCAGCAGCGAAGGUGUUCCAGCAGCGGCCCGGAACUUGGAGAACCCUUGGGAGCGUCCACACCAUUCCACGAACCGUCCAGCAGCUUCGAGUCCAAUCCGCUCUGCUGGAGGCAGGACGACUGGCUCGUCGAACAGGAGUCUGCGGACUCCUGGCCGCCGUACCAGGGCUACUACGACCAGAGGUUCCUCCAGCACCAGAGACCAGAAACCAUGUUCCCGAUGCACGCCCAGAGGCCCAUGUUUCACUGCGUCUAGUAUCGAGCGGCUGACGUCAGCUAAUUCAAUUUGGUACCGCCCUCGUGAUUUUUGAAGGGUGGUCUCCGUCUGCGUGUAGUAUAACUGGGAACCGUCUACCAACAUAAUUUCCAAUACUGCCCUCAUGAAUGAAAAUCAAUAUCAUUGAUAAUUAAUGCCAAUUGGCAUUAAAUGAAAUUUAAGAAUUCAUAAAUGUUUCAUUCAUCACCUUAAAAAUUAAAUUUGUCAAAAAGAAAAAGAAAACAUAUAUAUUUCGGUACUAUCAUUAAUAUUACUUCUUUGUUUAACAGUAAACGGGAAUCAGAUGCAAUAAUUUUCAAAACAAUCAUGACAUAUCAUAAAUAGAGAACCAUUUUACUAAUAAACAAAUACAUUCUUAAAAUUAAUUACAAUUUUUAGGUUCUAUACCAGAGGCCUAGACUGCUGUGAGAACAAAAGGGAACAAUACAUUUUGUAUGAACAAACUUGAAUUAUAAACUUACCGAAUUAUUUAUCAAAGUAUACUUUCAUAAUAUGAAUUAUAUUUGUAUACAACAGUUAAGUUUGUUGAACUUUUUGUAAUGGUUUAGGAAUAUUUUAAAAUUAUUAUUUUCUAUAAUAAUUGUGUUGUACAAUUUUAUAGGAUGUUUUCAAAAUUAUAUAAUUAAUAAAUUUUUAAGGAUAGAAUUUAAUCAUCAUGUUGCCUUCACUCUAAAGUUGACUUUCAAGUAGGGUAUAUAAUGUGUGAUAAUAAUUGUAACUUGAAUGUGUAUAUCUUAAUUUUUUACUUUUAAUAUAGAUAUUAAGAAAUACAAUAUUGUGCCUAAAGAUUUUAUACGAACAUUAUUUUUUUUCUUUUGUAAUGGAUGAGUUUUUGAAUACAAAUUCUAGUCAAAGUUCAGGUAUUUUGUUACAUAGUGUAAAUAUGAAUAUGUAUAUUUAUUUUGUAAGAUAUGUGAAUAAACUAUUUUCAGAGUAAUUUCGUACUUUUAUUUUAUUUGUUG